CCUAAUCCUCUUCCGUACAGACGUAUUUUGAAUAUGAUUCUUUAAAAAAAAUGUAGUUAGGAGACUUUACCUGACCAUUUUCUCAUAAUAUUUUAAGUAUUUGUGGGAAGUCUUGGUGGGUGCUUUUAUUGUGAAGUCGCAGUCCCUGGCAGCCUCAGCUGUCUACUUCCGGUCGGGCCGACAUUCAUUCCUGUGUUCUCCUCUGGCCGCAGCUUAUGUUGAUGUUUUGGUUCCCUCCUCGCAGCCGCCAUGUUACAGCUUCACAUGCUACGGCUGUUCGUGGAACAGCGGCUCUCUGCCGUCACCGACGACAUUUUCCGCCGCUUUGCGGCCGUCAUCACCGAAUACGAGCGCGAAGUUCUGCGGCUGAAGCUGGAGCUUAGCAAACAGCAGUCGCAGCCGAAGGCGCGCGGGCAGCCGGGGGACGCGGCGGGCCACCGACCGCAGGAGGAGCGGCGGGAACCGCUCGAGGAACAAAACGGCGAGCAGCCAGCAGGUGUUGUGGACGAUUUCCCCACAGAAGAAAAACCCCAGGUGAAGGCCUGGAGCUUCUCGCCGCAGCUUAAGCUGGAAGAAGGAGCGUCUCCAGGACGAGAGGAUGCGGAAAUCGACUUCCAGUCGGCUGUCGGUCAAGUUUCUGCCAUCAAGCAAGAAGUCGACGACGACGACAUGUUGAUGGAGAUGAACCCCAACCUGGAAGGCGAUUCUUUCUUAGCAGAAGACGACGACCAGGUGAGGCCAAACUUCAGCCUUCACGUGCUCCCGGAGGAGGACAGAGCUCUGGGCUCUGAGGACGCCGAGCUCUCGCUGAAUCCCGACUGGCAUAUUAAGAGAAUAGAUGAGGACGGAAGCCCCGCCUUCAACCGGAACCACUCCUACGGACACGACGACUCUCUUUUGGAUUCUUCAGAGACUUUGUCCAGGCCUCCCGACCACAGACUGAACUCUAACGGCGAGCUAGAUUUAUCCAGUGACGGCGAUGUGCUGGAUUGUGACCCCUCCGCCCUGGCGUCCCAGACCCGACCCGUGGUCCGAAAGAUCCCGUUCACCUGCAGCAGCUGCGGCCGGGAGUUCAGCUCCAAGACGAGUCUGAGGAAACACGUCAGGAGGUACAACGGGAAGGACCAGGACCAGCUGCCGUGCAGCCUCCAGAGGCAGAAGGCGCCUUACCAGAGGUCCUCCACGCGCUUCAGCUGCAAAGUGUGCGGCAGCUCCUUCUACACGCAGGGCAUCCUGCUGCGGCACGCCGAAAGCCACUGCAAGGAGCCCGACAGCCUCUGCGGGGUCUGCGGGGAGCACCUGCAGUCUGCGCAGACGCUCACCGAGCACCUGCAGUCCCACAAAGAACUGGGCAUCACCUGCGACGUCUGCGGGAAGAAAUGGAGCUCCAUGAAGAGGAUGGAGAUCCACAAGCGCAUCCACACCGGGGAGAAGCCGUACCGCUGCGGCUUCUGCAGCCUGGACUUCAGCCGCAGGGAGAGUCUGGUCAGACACUUGAAGCUGCACAGCGGGGAGCAACCGCACCGCUGUGGGCUCUGCCGGAAGAGCUUCACCCGCCGGGAGUACCUGAUCCAGCACCUGGACCUCAUUCACAAAAUGGUCAAGUAGAUCUGAAGGAGGAAUUUGGAGCUCGGCUCUUUAAUAAAAGCUGUUUUUGUGAAGCUGCGUUCACACCGACCGGCGACACGUGUUCAGGCGCCCGCUAUUGCAAGUUUAACCGGGUCAAACUUUUAACAUUCGGAAACUUGGAUUUGCUAUUGACCGGUGCUGUCGAGCGAGUAAAAAAAAAGAAUUAUUUUCGAUUAAAAAAUUAAUUUUUCUAUCAAAUUGAUUUAAAAAAUCGAUUAAAUAAGAGUCAAACGGUGAGAGGAGCAGGGGGCGGGGCUGCUUGCUGAAUCAAAUCCAUUAAAAAAAUAAUAAUAAUAAAUUAAUUGUUAUUGAUAUCAAUAUCCUAGGUAAUUUUUUUGACAAUAUUCAGAUUUUGAACAAAAACAAGUCGGAGAGAAAAUGUUUUCUUCAUUUUUAUCGACUAAAAUGUUUAAAUUCUAAAGUGUUAACUCAGAAGUGUAACAUGUGAGCACAAAACACAUUAACAGUAUGAUAAACAGACUCUUAUGUCUGCUGUAGUGUCGGGUGAUGUUGAAAUAUAUCGUAUAUCACGAUAUAAGUUCUUUUAUAUCACAAUAACGAUAUAUAUCACAAUAAAGUAUAUUCUCAGUUAUUCUCUGAAAAAAAAUUGACAAAAAUUUACAUUUCUCUGACUUAAUUUUUUUUAAGUAACUGAAUCGUCACAAAUCAGAAAAAAAAUAAUAUAUUAUCAUAUAGAAUGUACCUAGCAAAACAUGAUUGAGAUUAAUCACAAUACAAAAUUAUAAUUAAUCUGAUUAUUUUUUUUUUUUUAAUUGAUUGACGGCACUAAAAGAACGAAAGAAAGAUGGUGACAAACGGCCAUAAGAAACAAACAUAGUUUCUGCACUUUGAAUGGUCUGGGUGAAUACUCGGUUCUGAUUGGCUGCAGGGUGUGCCUAAAAAAAAGAGGAAGUCCCGGUCACAUAGCCCAGCGCUAGCUUCUUUUAAACAAACUUUUGCUUCAUACAAAAACAAGCAAUAAGAGGUGAACUUUCUCUCUGAACUGGUCAGCAUUUAUAUCGUUUUUCUUUGUUUAUGCCGCUUCCGGCUCAGUGAUGCAUUAUCAUGUUGCCGUGACAACGGGCCGCACCACGUAUGAAAUCUCGAAUCUAAAAAAUCCCAAAAAAUAACGAGUAAAGUACCAAAAAUUACUGAAGUGACCAUGUUAUAAGUAGGAUAAUGCCCGACAAGGUGCACAUUAUCAGAAAUUAAUGCACGCCAUGAAAGCCUGAACAGUCUUCCUGUUCACGUUAACGUGGAUGGAAGUGGCAAAAGUUUGAAAGUGGAUAAUUGAGGAGAAAUUAACAAUUUAUAGUUCGUUUCUGACCGGAAUUCUAUCAUCUUAAAUCGGAAUAGAGCUGUAAAAAAAAAAAAAAAGUUUGAAGCAAAUUUUUACACUGUUUCGACAUUUCCCUCAGCUGUAGAACAUGCGCUAGUAGCAUGUAGCGACAGUCCAGUGUGAACACCAAUCACCAAAUACGGGUUCUUGAACGCGUGUCACAUGACCGGUGUGUCCGAAGCUUCUCAAAACAACAAUAAUAGACAUCAAAUUCUCAUUAUAGCUCUACUAAAUUUAAGAUUAUUUGAUUGUAAUCUAGAAAGAAGUGUUAAAAUUGACAGUUUGAUGCAUUUUAAACGUUUAAAUUAUCAACCCAUCAUUAUACGUGUAUUUAUGGAAACCCGCAGAUCCAACUUCCCUCUGGUUGUACAUUUUAAGAAAAACCUUCAAAUUCUUGUUCUUAUCAAAACCUAGAUAUCUGCCAAAGUACAAUCCCUGUGUGUAAUCUCUGCAGGUCAUAGGUCACUCUGCUUUUUCUUAAGAAUCUUUGCUUGUAAAACUCAUUAUUUUAAGUGCCUGAAUGCACUGUUUGCUGGAUGGACUUGCAUCUUCGCCUUGAAUGAACACAUGUAAGAAAUUAAACCUUAAAAUUGUCUUUUUCUCUGACUUUCAUGAGUAAAAAUGUUUGUAGGAACCAACUAAUGUAAAUUAUUUAAUAAUAUUUAAUAAAAAUGUCUGAAUUUGU